AUCACUCAAGUGAAGAAUUACAAGUUUAUUUUUUUGUAUAACAUAGACAACUUUUAUCUUUUUUGGGUUUUUUUUUUCUUUUUUUUUCUUUUUUUUUUUUUAAGUUUUUAACAUUUUCCUUCAGCUGUAACUAUUGUGGGGGUUAGGGCACCUGAAUCCCCAUUGUCAUCAAUGGACCCUCCUUCAUUUCCGGAUCCAAGUGUUCCUCAUUGUUGGCAAUAGAGCUCAUUUGCGAUCGUUAAGUGACGAAAACAAUGAUCUGAGUGGUGACCAAGGUGAGGUUUUAGGCCUGGAUUUGAAGUCUCUGAAGAUGUUGCUGAAGCAAGGAGUCUUUAUUUGGGCAAUGCUUUGUUCUCUUUUGGUUUUCGCGUGCAAGAGAGUGCUUGCGGCGGAGGGAGUGGUGAAUGCAGGGUACGAAGUGGUUGAGCAGUCUAUCUGCAUUCUUCUCAAUGGCAGAGACUUCUAUAACUACACUAUGGCCAUGGAAGUGUCUAAAGAUGGUGUAUUUCAAACGCUUCACAGUGAUUUUGUCUUUCUCACUAGGACGAUCAAUAUUGGAGUGACUGCUUUAGUUACAGAUGCAGCAACAGCAAUAUUUGGAGAAGCUGGUGUUAGGGCAGCAAUUGGAGUUGCUAUUUUGCUUCUUACUGAGAUCACUCCAAAAAGUAUAGCUAUUCACAAUCCCACAGAGGUGGCUAGAUUUGGGCUGAGGCUGGGUGGGGCAGAGUCGAGUGAAGCAAUAGAGGAGGAAGAGCAGGUAGUGAAAUAAGCUAAUUUUUCUUUACUGUACUAGCCUGAGUGUCUCUUUUGUUUCAAAUAAGAAUUAGAAAGUUUCUUCAGUUUCUGAAUUCUUUUACCGUGAUCAAAUUGAUCAGUAUCAUCUAUGCUUGACUCUGGUUGCACAUUUACAGUAGAGCAUAUCUUUUCCUUGCCAUAUAUUUCUCUAGCAAUUUUUGUUUUAAAAUCAGAUUCUAGUGGAAAUCCAAUUUAAUUUUUUUGCCAACAGGUGCCUUUCUGUUUGUUUACAGUUUAGAUGCUCUAAUUUUAUGAAUUCCUUUCAAGAUAUGAUUGAAAAUGUAUUAGAGAUAAAGGAUACUCAUGUAAGAGACGUAAAGAUACCCCUUGUUGAUAUGGUUGCAAUUGAUGCAAGUGCAACUCCUGUUUCAGCUGAUUGAUUUGUUGUUUUAGUAGUUAUUGUCUAGGGGAAAAGAAAAUGGAAAAAAUAGAAUGCUUCAAUUAUCUAUACAGUAAUAUUUAGAAAAUUGGUUUUGCAGAUUCAAUGUCAGUGUGGAAUCUUCUUACAGAGUUCCAGAUCAGAAAGGUUCACAUGGCUGUUGUUCUUAAUGGAUAUGGUGGAACUGUUGCGGUAUGUGCAAAGCCUCAUAUUGAAACUCUACUUAAACAGAAUCAUCCAUUGUAUUGAGAUUUUUUAUUAUGAUAAAGUUCCAACUUCUGC